CUGGGAGAUAUAAACUUUCAUCCCGGUAACACUAUAAAUUGUGAGAGACAAUUACCAGGGCAAAUUAUCUGAGCUCCAAUGGGCUUAUCAUCUUCGAAGCGUGUUGAGACUUCCUUUGCCAACUCCGCCGAGUUCGAUUCUGCCUGUAACUCUGCCUACUCUCACUGCCUUUCCCUGAGUCAACACGCCUUCCCUGGCGUCCUCCCUUACCAGCUCGUGACCGCCUCCGAUCACAUCCACCAAAUUCUCAUCUCUAACCGCUCACAUCCCCUCAUCCUCAAGUGGGUCCCGCACCCCCCGAGUCGGACGCUGGUCGACUCGGCCUUCAAGAAAGUCACCCUCCACUGGCACCGGCCCGAAGACAGUUCGGUGGACGUUAUCGGGCCGGCCCGUUUUAAGAAAUGGGCCGUGGUUUUGUAUGCGGAGGCUGUUGUGGGUAAUGCCGGAAAGGCUUUACUGAGUCGGGUACCAAUUGGAGUGGCGGGAAUCGCAGGAAUCGGAGCCAUGACUCGGUCUGGAAAGAGUCUCGUUGGGGCUGCGAUUGGAGUCUAUGCAGUGGGUGUCGCCACUUCUAUUUAUCUUAGCUUGUCUGUGGCUACAGGAUCAAUCCCCAUUGUCUUGCCCACUGGCAUGUAAAAUCGUAGAGAACUCUAUUCCUCUCCUUGUUGACAAGAAGCUUCAAGCAGUCAGGUCAACGGAUUCAUUGGUUCAUUCAAGAGCUCAAAAUGGCAGACCCUGAGCUCACUAAAAUGUAAACUUUCUCAGGGUCAAAAACAGAGGUAAUAAAUGAUCAAAAGCAGAAGACAAAUAGCAGCAAAAGCUAGAUUAGCAUUCGGUUUAAACAAAAGACAUAGUAUAUGUGGGAACUCUGCCAUUAUUAAACCAGUGCUCCUAGUUUUGAUGUAGAGAGCUUCAAAGAGAUGGAUAGGUUCAGAACUUCUGUGAGAGAGCUUAAUAAUUCUUUUAUCAGAAAAAAUCCAGAGUUUACUUGUGACUUUUGGGCAGUGAAAGUUCAGAGAAAAAAGUCUUGUGGGUUAUUAGUCAUGAUAUAUAAUGUUGUGACUUGUAAUCAUGAUGUUAGUCAUAUAUAAUGCUGGGUUCUUUUGUUCUAAUCUUGCAAAUUCAGAGAAUCUGUGCAAUCUCAAAUAAUUGACAAUAGAAAAAAUUUUAUACGUA